CCUCAAUGAACCAUUAUCAGCUUCUAGCAUUACAUAUCAUAGUCAGUUAGAGCCUAUCACUCAAAACUCCAGCCCAUCUCCACCACAGGAGGAAAAAAAAAAAAGCUUUUCUUUUCAGUAGAGAUUUAACUUUCACCUUCGACACUAAGAACUCACAUAAAGAUGGAAAGACUCAGGCUCAUGUUUCUUUUAAUACUAAUGGUAGUGUUGUUUCAUGUGUUUGUUGAUGCAAGACAGAACCAGAAGAAGACUUAUAUAAUUCACAUGGACAAGUUCAACAUGCCUGCUGAUUUUGAUGAUCAUACUCAGUGGUAUGACUCAUCAUUGAAGUCAGUAUCCAAGAGCGCCAACAUGCUUUACACCUACAACAGUGUCAUCCAUGGCUACUCAACACAGCUAACAGCUGAUGAAGCCAAAGCACUUGCACAGCAACCGGGAAUUCUCUUGGUCCACGAGGAAGUGAUAUACGAGCUUCACACCACUCGAUCCCCUACGUUUCUGGGACUUGAAGGACGUGAAAGUAGAUCAUUCUUUCCUCAGACUGAAGCAAGGAGUGAGGUCAUUAUUGGUGUGCUGGACACAGGUGUUUGGCCUGAAUCAAAAAGUUUUGAUGACACUGGACUAGGUCCAGUCCCUGCGAGCUGGAAGGGUAAGUGUCAAACUGGCAAGAACUUCGACGCAUCAAGCUGUAAUCGGAAACUUAUUGGUGCGAGGUUUUUCUCACAAGGUUAUGAAGCAGCUUUUGGGGCAAUCGAUGAGACCAUUGAAUCCAAGUCACCAAGGGACGAUGAAGGCCAUGGCACACACACUGCAACUACAGCAGCUGGCUCGGUUGUAACCGGAGCUAGCCUCUUGGGUUAUGCAACUGGUACAGCACGUGGGAUGGCUUCACACGCAAGGGUGGCAGCGUACAAGGUAUGUUGGACCGGAGGAUGUUUUAGCAGCGACAUACUGGCAGGGAUGGACCAGGCUGUCAUAGAUGGUGUAAAUGUGCUCUCACUGUCCCUUGGUGGCACAAUUUCUGAUUAUCAUAGGGACAUAGUUGCAAUCGGAGCAUUUUCUGCAGCAUCUCAAGGGAUCUUUGUCUCAUGCUCAGCGGGGAAUGGUGGUCCAAGCUCUGGGACGCUAUCCAACGUUGCACCAUGGAUAACUACUGUAGGUGCUGGAACCAUGGACCGUGAAUUUCCAGCAUACAUUGGCAUUGGAAAUGGGAAAAAACUCAAUGGAGUAUCACUUUACAGUGGAAAGGCAUUGCCUAGUUCUGUGAUGCCACUGGUGUAUGCUGGAAAUGUCAGCCAAUCAUCUAAUGGAAAUUUAUGCACCAGUGGUAGUCUAAUUCCAGAAAAAGUUGCUGGAAAAAUUGUCGUCUGUGACCGGGGGAUGAAUGCAAGGGCACAAAAGGGUUUGGUUGUGAAGGAUGCUGGUGGAAUAGGGAUGAUUCUGGCAAACACAGACACUUACGGAGAUGAGUUGGUUGCUGAUGCACACCUCAUACCUACAGCUGCAGUUGGUCAAACUGCGGGCAACUUGAUCAAGCAGUACAUAGCUUCUAACAGCAAUCCAACUGCCACAAUUGCAUUUGGAGGAACCAAGUUGGGUGUUCAACCAUCGCCAGUUGUUGCAGCUUUUAGUUCCAGAGGGCCAAACCCAAUCACACCAGAUGUACUCAAACCUGAUUUGAUAGCACCAGGUGUCAAUAUUCUUGCUGGCUGGACAGGGAAAGUUGGACCAACUGGCUUGCAAGAAGACACCAGGAAUGUAGGCUUCAACAUCAUCUCUGGAACUUCCAUGUCAUGUCCCCAUGUAAGUGGGCUAGCAGCACUACUCAAAGCUACCCAUCCAGAAUGGAGUCCAGCAGCUAUAAGGUCAGCACUGAUGACUACAAGUUAUAGCACAUACAAAAACGGAAAAACAAUCGAGGAUGUUGCAACAGGAAUGUCAUCUACACCAUUUGAUUAUGGUGCUGGACAUGUGAAUCCAACAGCAGCUGUCAGUCCUGGUUUAGUGUAUGAUCUAACAGUUGAUGACUAUAUAAACUUUCUAUGUGCCUUGGACUACAGCCCGAGUAUGAUCAAGGUCAUUGCAAAAAGAGACAUCUCCUGUGACGAAAAUAAGGAGUAUAGAGUUGCUGAUCUUAAUUACCCAUCUUUUUCCAUUCCUAUGGAAACGGCCUGGGGUGAACAUGCAGAUAGUAGUACCCCCACCGUGACCAGAUACACAAGGACUCUAACAAAUGUGGGAAACCCAGCUACAUACAAGGCCUCAGUCUCUUCUGAAACACAGGACGUGAAGAUUCUGGUUGAGCCACAAACACUUACUUUCAGCCGAAAGAACGAAAAGAAAACCUACACUGUGACAUUCACUGCUACUUCCAAGCCAUCAGGCACAACCAGCUUCGCUCGACUGGAGUGGUCAGAUGGACAACACGUUGUUGCAAGCCCAAUUGCUUUCAGCUGGACAUGAUUCUGCUAGUUCUAAGUCAUUCACCACAAAUGUACAAGUGCUAAUAGUCCUUUUUAAAUAAUUACUAGUGUGCAGCAGUUACUCCUCUAAUAUUUCACCAACUGAACAAGUAUCCUGACCUAUAAUUAAGAAGCCUAGGCAAUUCUAGGCAAUGUUGGUUGAUUUGCCCAGCAAAAGGCUGGUGCUGUAUUUGCCAGAUAUAAUUAUGUACUGAACCACACAAUACAGGUGGAUAUUAUUUGGCUUU